AUGAAACUCACACAAGUCGCUCUAAUCUGCUCAAUUGCAUCUGUUAACGCUUCCACUGGUGGUCUUGAUGACAACUUUGGUGGUAAGGCCGACAGUUCCAAGGAGAGCCCAUCUGGCUCUCAGGCCGCUGACUCUGAUUCGCCAAGCUCGCAAGUUGAAGCACAAGUGCCAAGUGCCAACGCUGCAGCUCAGCUUCCAAGCUCCAAGGCUGUCUCCCAAGUGCCUACUCAAAGUGUUGUGCAAAACUCCAACGUUGUCUCCAGUGCCAAGGGCAAAGACGGUUUUGCCGUUGAACCAAGCACCACCAUUACUACCACAGAUGCCAACGGUAACCCAACCACAAAAUAUCUGUGGUGGAUCCCAGAAGCUACUCCAUCUGUUUCCGCUAAGUCUGCCCCUACUUCAGUAGAAGACUCUGAAUCCAGCUCGUCCAGUGCCGUUGUCUCUAGCACUGUCUCUCCUAGCGCUGUUUCCAGUGCCAGUGUCGUUAGCUCAUCUCACAAAUCCAUUGUCUCUGACUCUGCCUUGCUGCAAAACUCUGAUUUCUCCAGUGUUGUUUCCAGCUCUGUUUCCAGUUCUGCUUCCAGUUCUGCUUCCAGUUCUGCUUCGAAGGGCAAGAAGGGCAAGGACUCCGACGCCAGCUCCUCUGUGUCCUCCCACUCGAGAAGACCAGAUGAGCCCAUCACUGUACUAACAUACUUGGACUCCGAGGGCCACACUGUGACCUCGAAGGUGUGGUGGACCCCUACAGGAGUCACAUCGAGCAACACCGCCUCGGUGUCGGUAUCCUCAUCGAUAGAGAGCAAAGAGAACAAGGCAGUGAGCUCAGUGCAUGGCAAGAAGGACAAGAAGAGCAAGCACCAGAAGUCCCACUCCAGCACUACAGUGGAGACCACUACUGCCUCGUCAUCAAAGGAACACACAUCCAAGCACAAGGGCAAGGGCAAGUCCAAGUCCACCGUGGAGACCGUGCACACCAGCGUCUCCCACAGUGCCUCCCACAGUACCUCACAGAGUGUCAGCGAAGUAGCCAAGAGAGCAGUCCAUUUCGAAAACGCAGGCGUAGUCGACAAGUACCCUCUCGUGCUAGCAGCAGGUUCCCUAGCCAUCGCACUACUAUUAUAG